UGAAACUUGUCCUCUUCUCACGGCCAAGUCUUUGAAACCCGCUAGGGUGUCACUUGAGGCCACAUCAGCCGUAUUCUCUUUUUUUUUUUGGGCUUGGCAGGCCAUUGGAUCUUUUGUGUUAUAAAAUCCGACUGGAUUCCCACUCCUUACCCCUCUACAGCAUUGACGGCUAGGUACUGCUGGGCCUGGCGGCGACUUCGCUAUCAGGUUCGCUGUUCUCGACAGCGUCUUCUACAAGGGCCAGCUAUCUACACUUACACACCCACACAACCAUGGCGUCGCCUCGGCGCUCACCAUUACUGAUGCUCUUCGGAGCCAUCUUCUUUUUCUCAGCCAACGUCCUAGCCGCUGCGGCUGUGCUCGGUGUUGAUCUAGGAACCGAGUAUAUCAAGGCUGCUCUAGUGAAGCCUGGUAUCCCACUUGAGAUUGUACUUACAAAGGACUCUCGACGCAAAGAAACUUCGGCCGUCGCUUUCAAGCCCGUAAGAGGCGCCGUAGCAGAGGGUCAGUACCCCGAACGAAGCUAUGGCGCCGACGCAAUGGCAAUUUCCGCGCGAUUCCCCGGCGAAGUAUACCCGAACCUGAAGCCUCUUCUCGGCCUCCCUCUGGGAGAUGCGAUUGUCCAGGAAUACGCGGCCAGACAUCCUGCUCUGAAACUCCAGGCGCACGCCACUAGAGGCACUGUUGCGUUCAAGACGGCAACACUGACUCCUGAGGAGGAGGCCUGGAUGGUGGAAGAGCUGUUGGCUAUGGAGCUCCAGAGCAUUCAGAAGAACGCAGAGGUUACCGCCGGUGGUGACUCUGCAGUCCGCUCCAUCGUACUCACUGUGCCUCCGUUUUAUACUACCGAGGAGAAACGUGCUUUGCAGAUGGCAGCAGAAUUGGCUGGCCUCAAGGUUCUCAGUCUGGUCAGCGAUGGGUUGGCAGUUGGCCUGAACUACGCUACCAGUCGCCAAUUCCCUAAUAUCAACGAAGGCGCCAAACCGGAGUACCAUAUGGUCUUUGAUAUGGGCGCCGGGUCGACUACUGCCUCUGUCAUGAGAUUUCAAAGCCGCACUGUCAAGGAUAUUGGCAAGUAUAACAAGACUGUCCAAGAGAUCCAGGUUCUUGGCAGCGGCUGGGACAGAACACUUGGUGGAGACUCUCUCAACUCUCUGAUCGUUGACGAUAUGGUUGCCCAGUUUGUGGAAUCAAAGGGUGCCCAGAAAGUUUCAGCAACUGCUGAGCAAGUCAAGGCUCACGGCCGCGCUAUUGCGAAGCUGAGCAAGGAAGCUGAGCGUCUCCGACACGUGCUGAGCGCCAACCAGAACACCCAGGCUAGCUUUGAAGGGCUCUACGAAGAUGUUGACUUUAAAUACAAGCUUUCCCGAGCCGAUUUCGAGAGCAUGGCAGAGGCACAUGCCGAGCGAAUUGGCGCUGCUAUCAAAGAUGCUCUGAAAACCGCUAAUCUCGAUAUUGGCGAUCUCACUUCCGUCAUCCUUCACGGUGGCGCAACUCGCACACCAUUUGUGCAAAAGGCGCUUGAGAAAGCCAUUGGUUCCGGAGAUAAAAUCCGAACAAACGUCAACUCUGAUGAGGCCGCUGUUUUCGGCGCCGCCUUCCGGGCUGCUGAGCUUAGCCCCAGUUUCCGCGUGAAGGAAAUCAGAAUCUCGGAGGGAGCCAUGUACCCGGCUGGUAUUACCUGGACGGCUGCGAAUGGCAAAGUACAGCGCCAGAGACUCUGGACAGCCCCAUCACCCCUUGGUGGUCCGGCCAAGGAGAUCACUUUCACCGAGCAGGAGGACUUUUCCGGUUCAUUUUACCAACAAAUCGAUACUGAAGACAAACUUGUCAAGUCAUUUUCUACUAAAAACCUUACCGCAUCUGUCGCUCAACUCAAGGAGAAGUAUCCCACUUGUGCGGAUACUGGUAUCCAGUUCAAGAUUGCAGUUAAGCUUCGCACUGAGAAUGGCGAAGUUGAGAUUACCAAGGCGCUUAUCGAAUGUGAGGCUGAAGUUGCUGAAAAGGAAGGCUUUGUUGACGGUGUCAAGAACCUGUUUGGCUUUGGCAAGAAGGAUCAGAAGCCCCUUGCUGAAGGAGACAAUGCCGAAGCCGCAUCUGAUGCUGCUACUGCUGAGACCAAGACUGAAGAGGCCAGCUCUUCCUCUGAAUCAUCUUCCACCACCAGCACUCAGACUGGAGAUGCAGCUCAAUCAACAGAGGCCGAAAAGACUGAGGUCAAGAAGAAGCAGAUCGUUUCCAUCCCCGUUGAGAUUACAUUGGAGAAGACUGGAAUCCCACAGCUAACCAAGGCUGAGUGGACAAAGGCCAAGGAUCGACUGAAGGCAUUUGCAAACUCAGAUAUGGCCAGACUGCAACGCGAAGAAGCUCUGAACCAGCUUGAAGCAUUUACAUACAAGAUCCGCGACCUUGUGGACAACGAGGCCUUCAUCGCCGCAUCUACAGAGGUGGAACGCCAGGCGCUGGUUGAAAAAUCCAGUGAAGCAAGUGAUUGGCUCUACGAAGAGGGAGAUGCAGCCAAGACGGAAGACUUCAAGGCAAAGCUCAAGGCCCUUCAAGGCCUUGUAGGGCCCAUUCAGAAGCGCAUUGAAGAAGCUGAGCGUCGGCCUGGCUUGGUUACUGAACUGAGAAACAUUCUCAACACUACUGAUGUGUUUAUCAAGACAGUGCGUGGGCAGAUUUCUGCGUAUGAAGAAUGGAAGGCCACAGCGUCAACCAAGGGGGCAGAAUCUGCUACUUCCAGCGCUGCAGCCGAGACAAAGACCAACGACUUUGAAGGUUUAGAGGAUGAAGACAAUAGUCCCAAAGAUACAGAGGAGAAGCCCAAAGAGGAGGAGAUUGUGCCUCCGCUGCAUAACACUGAGGAGAUGGAUGGGCUCGAUGUUCUCUACAAAGAGACGCUGGAUUGGCUCAACAAACUCGAGGCUGAGCAGGCAGCUCUCCCUCCCACCGCUGAUCCUAUUCUCCAGGUUAGCGAGCUGGUUGCCAAGCGAGAUAAGCUCGACAAGGCCAGCCUGGAUCUCGCACUGAAGAGCUUCAAGCAAUACCAGAAAAAUAAGCCCAAGAAGCCCACUAAGAGCAAGAAGUCAAAGAAGGACAAGACGAAGGGCGCGGAGCAGCCUGGCCAGACCAUUGAGUUUCCCGAGGGAAGCAAGCCCCUUAGUAGCGAGGAGAUUGAAGAGCUUCUCAAGCAGUACAUGAAGGAGGACGAAGCGGCGAGCGCAAAAGCGGAAGCUUCAGCGAAGCCAGAGCAUGAUGAGCUCUAAAAGGGCACAAUGGCGUUUUUUGAUAAACGGAGGGGGCUUAUGAAGUAUAUACUUGGGCCAUAUGAUGCAUGCAUGAUACACAAAAGGUCAGAUAGAUAAAUGCGACAUUUUUGAAUUUUGAAAUAUAAAACUGCAUAUCACUAUGUCCGAGCAGUUA